AUGGCUUUAGAUUCACCAAGCCUCACUCCUCCUGGAGGAGGAGGAGGAGGAGGAGGAGGAGGCGAGAGGGCAGAGGGAGGUCAAGGAGACCGUCCGGUGGUCCGGGAGCUGUGGUUCAUCGUGGUGAUGGCGGCCAUAGCCCUGCUGCUGCUGGCAGUGGUCUUAGCUUUCAUCCUCCAUAAGGCCCUGAAUAAAGCCCCGUUCUCCAGAGAGAGACCCCCGCUGGUCGCCCUGCCCAUGCAGAAGAGGAGCCCCAUGGCCGUCUACCCACAGAGCACCUCUGUUCUGUUCGACACCGUUCCUGACACCACCGGCUUCUCCAACACUGUCACACUCAAGGGUUUCACCCUGAAGAUGGAGGAAGUGCUGGAAGUUAAAUGUGAGCCGGUCGACGAGGCGGCGCCGGCAGAGAUGGGCGUCCCGAGCGUGAACUCGCUGAGACGCAGCGUGAGCCAGGUGAUGGACGGCAAGUCGCUGGCGGGGGACGAUGAGGCGUGGGACCCCAACGUCUCAGGCCACGACAGCGGGAUGUUCAUGGACGAUGAGGAAUUCGUCGACACCGUCAAAGGCUUCAGCACCGUGAGGAAGGAGCACACCAUGUUCACCGACACCAACCUGUGACCCGGCGGCUCGCCCUCGCCCUCGCCGGACUCCAGCUCUGAAUGUUUAACAUUGUGUCCAGCGAGGCGUCCUGGACGAGACGCCCGCCGCGAGGACGGGAAUAAACGACGGGAUCGCCGGAGCAGCUGGGAGGUGAAGAGGAGGGAAAUGUGUUCCUGACAUUUCAACACAGCUGGACGACAAUCACACAAAGGAGCUGCGAUGGUGGAAAGGUUCUUCGAAAGGUCAAGUCAGCGACAACCCUCCUCAGUUCUGUGUGCGACAGAACACACUGCACAAACUGAGGAAGAGAUAGAAAUGUAUCUAUAUCUCUCCUGCAUUUUUAUUAUCAUGUUACUUUUUGAAGAAUUGAUGUGUU